GCUGGCUUUAGAACUGCGAUCCUCCUGAUCUCUGCCUCCUGAGUAACUAGGAUUACAGGUGAGAAGCAGCAGCACCCAGCCAGUUUGCUAUUUGACCAUACUUAGAAGGUGAGUGGAAGAGCCCUGAUGGCUGGUAGCAUGGACUGAAAAUCCGCACUGGAGAGGAGGCACAGAGGGUCUUCAGAUGCAAAUAACCAGGGCCCUCCAGGUUGGAGAGAAUUGCUGGAGGGCUGUGGAGAACAGAGGGUCUACAGAGCCCAGAGUUCUCUCCUGAUCAUUCAUGUCCUAGGCUGAAACUCCUGGCAGUCUCACAUCAGUGUCCUCCUGCUGCAGGAAGGUCAGAGAUGGCAGUUUCCCCAAAUUCCUGCCUCUCCAGGUGUUUGCUCACCUUCAUGUUCCUGCAACUGCCCAAGCUGGAUGCUGCUUACUUUGAUGUAAUAGGACCCCUGGAGCCCAUCCUGGCUGUGGCGGGUACAGACACAGAGCUGCCUUGUCACCUCUCCCCAAACAUAAGUGCCGAGCAUAUGGAGCUGCGGUGGUUUAGACAAAAGUUGUCGCCAGCCGUGUUCCUGUACCAGGACCAGCAGGAGCAGGAGGCAGAGCAGAUGAUGGAGUACCGAGGCAGGGUGACGAUGGUGAAGGACAACAUCACUACUGGUUAUGCUGCUGUGAGGAUACACGGAGUCAGGGCCUCGGACGAUGGGGAGUACCGAUGCUUUUUCAGAGAGAAUGGAACCUACGAAGAGGCCAUUAUGCACUUGCAGGUGGCUGCUCUAGGCUCCGAUCCUCACAUCACUAUGGAAGUUCAAGAGAAUGGACAGAUCCGGCUGGAGUGCACCUCAGUGGGGUGGUACCCAGAGCCCCAGGUGCAGUGGAGAACUCCCACAGGAGAGAAAUUACCAUUCUCAUCAGAGUCCAAGAAUCCUGACGAAGAAGGCCUGUUCACUGUGACAACUUCAGUGGUCAUCAGACACAACUCCAUAAAUAACGUGUCCUGCUGCAUCCAGAAUCUCCUUCUUGAUCAGGAGAAGGAAGUAGGGAUAUCCAUACCAGUUAACUUCUUCCCAAGGCUGACUCCCUGGAUAGUUGCUGUGGCUGUCAUUCUAAUAGUCUUAGGACUUCUCACCAUUGGGUCCAUAUUUUUCAUUUGGAGACUAUACAAGGAAAGAUCCAGAGAGCAGAAGAGUGAAUUCAGCUCUAAAGAGAAACUGCUGGAAGAGCUCAAGGAGAAAAAGGCUACAUUGCAUGCAGUUGAUGUGACUUUGGAUCCAGACACGGCCCACCCCCACCUCUUUCUAUAUGAGGAUUCAAAAUCCGUUCGACUGGAAGAUUCACGUCAAAAACUGCCUGACAAACCAGAGAGAUUUGACUUCUGGCCCUGUGUGUUAGGCCGGGAGACCUUCACUUCAGGCAGACAUUACUGGGAGGUAGAGGUAGGAGACAGGACUGACUGGGCAAUUGGUGUAUGUAGGGAGAAUGUGAUAAAGAAAGGAUUUGACCCCAUGACUCCUGAGAAUGGGUUCUGGGCUGUAGAGUUGUAUGGAAAUGGGUACUGGGCCCUAACCCCACUCCGGACCCCUCUCCCAUUAGCAGGAUCCCCUCGCCGGGUUGGGAUUUUCCUAGACUAUGAGUCAGGAGACAUCUCCUUCUACAGCAUGACUGAUGGAUCUCAUAUCUAUACUUUCCCCAGCAUCUCUUUCUCUGGCCCCCUUAGGCCCUUCUUUUGCCUGUGGUCCUGUGGUAAAAAGCCCCUGACCAUCUGUCCAAUUGCUGAUGGGCCUGAAAGGGUCACAGUCAUUGCUGGUACCCAGGAUCUUUCCAAGGCUAUCCCAUUGUCCCCCAUGGGGGAGUACUGUGCCUCUGGGGAUACAGACACUCUCCAUUCUAAACUAAUUCCUUCCCAACCCGGCCAAGGGGUGCCUUAAGGAAUAUCCCAGCUCAACAAUUUUCCUGUGCUCUAACUUCUCUCCUUCAUCAUCCCAAGGCUUCAGCUCCAGCUUCAAAUAGUCCCUGUUUGUGUACUGAUUAAUUUAUCUUGGGAAGGUUGUGCUGCUUCUGCUAGAGAAGGUGGGGAAUAAGACCUUCCUAAAAUAUCGUGGUUUAGGGGAGGAGAGGUGACUCUGAAUUAGCUUCUUCUCUCUUAUUCCUUAAGGACAGAACCUACAGGAAAGAACUUGGAGCAAACAACUGUGGAAUAGAGAUGAGGUUAGGUUGGCAUAGGGUUGUGACAGAAAAGUCUUGUUAUUUGGAGGAACAGGUUUUAGGCAAGUAGAAAAACCAAAGGGUACUGGGAGAUGAAGAUUUUAGGCUAAAAUACUAUAAAGGAACUUGGA